AAAAAGCAAUCUUAGUAGUAAUUUUAUAGAGCCGCGCUUCUCAGUACCAAGUACAAUCAUGACCACUUCUAAUCAUGCAUAUAUACACCAGUUGUUUCCUCUUUCUUCUUGUUUAUUUAUUUUCUUUUAUUACCUCUCUUUCUCCACUUCAUUACUUGUCAAAAUCACACAUCAAAUUAGUAAUGUGUGGUUGCAUUAACUGAUUAAUAAUCAACUGAAGGGUCUUAGUCAAUGGCAGCUCCACAAUCCCGUCUUUUUCUGUUUCUUCUUUUCUUUCUUUCCUUUCCCUGCUAUGAUUUUCCCACUCCUAUUUUCUUUCUUUUCCUUUUUACUCACCCCAAAGACCUCUCUUUUGAGGGUUUUAGCAAUAAAAACUAGAACUUUCAACUAAGUUGGUUCUAUAAGAAUGGUGCUUGUUCUUCUUGUUGCGGUUUUAGUCUAAAUCUCUCUACUGAGUUCCCUUCUUUUCUGGGCCCAUUACAGAUGGGCGAUAACAAAGGAGAAGCUGCCAAGAAACAAACUCAACAAUCACAACAGCAGAAACUUUCAUCUCCUCCCUUAAAAGACUCACUUGACGAUUCACCAGAAGCUAGACCACACCAUCACCAACAGCCACCGCCACCGCCACCGUCUGUUGUCGUUACUGGACCUCCUUUCAUUUCUUCUACUCUUUAUGUUCCAAUUGGUGCAACUUCCUCUCCUUUUGAACAACAAUUUGAGACUGUAAACUCUAAAAGACCCAGAUAUGCUACUGCACAAUGGAAACUUUUGCCUUCUCCAUCCCAGCAACAAACACAGACUCCCAAUCCCAUGGCUGCUACGGUUAAUAUUGUUGCCGCGGAAUCAAGCCCGACAGGCCCAUCGCCGACCACGAAUCCUACUUCUACUACUAACCCGCAAACUCAACAACUUCACGCUACAGCAGCUUCCUCUUCGGAUACGGCGUCGUCUCCUACACACUCCCCUCUCACUUCUCCCUCUGCUGGUCAAGAGCCGAUCAAACCAGAAGGCCAGCAACUUCACCAUCAGCUUAGAAAAGGGAAAUUCGUGAGUCCAGUUUGGAGACCAAAUGAGAUGUUGUGGUUAGCCAGAGCGUGGAGGGUUCAAUACCAAGGUGGGUAUGAUGGUUAUGGUUCUUCUUCAAGAACUGACCAUGCAGAGACUGCUCAAACGGCCGGCCUUGACAUUACGGUCCAAUCGACAAGAGGAAAAACAAGAGCUGAUAAAGAUAGAGAAGUGGCAGAAUUCUUGCAAAGGCAUGGGAUAAAUAGAGAUGCAAAAACGGCGGGUACAAAAUGGGAUAACAUGCUAGGCGAGUUUAGAAAGGUGUAUGAAUGGGAGAGAGGCAUUGCAAGAGAUCAAGGAGGGAGAAGUUAUUUUAGGCUCUCUCCUUAUGAAAAGAAAGAACGUAAAUUGCCUGCUUCUUUUGACGAGCAAGUGUUUGAAGAAUUGUCGCAAUUUAUGGGUGCUCGCAUGCGAACUUCUCAAAGCAGAGGACCGUCUAUUAUUGGUUCCGGUGAUGAUGGUAGAACUCCUCUUGGGCCAGCUAGAGCUCUCCCACCGCCUCCUCCUCUCAAAGAAGAUGACUUCUGCCUUUCAGCAAGAUCAAAGCAACUGGUCAUGGCAAGCGGAGGUGAAGCUUACUUUCAUUGUAAUAGAGGGAGUUUAUUAGGGCUUGAAUCUUCAAUGGAUGUUGCUGCUGGUACUUCAUCUUCAAAAGAGCUUCGUCGAAUUGGUAAAAUAAGGAUGACUUGGGAAGAAUCAGUUAGUUUAUGGGCUGAGGAAGGAGAACACAGUAGAGGGAGAAUAAGGCUUCAAGGGUCAAGCUUUUUAAAUGCAGAUGAGCUUACUUUCUUUGACGACUCCAUGGUAGCUUGCACCAUGGAAGCUUUUGAAGACGGUUUUCUAAAAGGUUUUUCAGUUGAUAGGUUCGUUUCUGGACAACAAGUAAAAGUCUUUGGCAGAAGAAAGUCCUCUUCAUCACCUUAUGCUUCGUCUUCUGGUUUCACUGAAAGGGUUCAGCUUCCCUCAACAGAACCCUCAAUAAGAUCAAAUCCUCCAUGGGAAAAUCAAGACCCAAGUGAAUAUUACGUGGGUUGUCUUCGAGUGCCACCAACUACACUUCCAAGCUUAUUUGAACUCUCAUGGUAUUUACAAGAACCACCACCUGAAGAAUUUCGCUUCCCACUUAGAAGAGAUGUCUACAGAGAUUUACCACAAGGCAAAGAACAAUUUUUCACUACUACUGCUGAACCGUUAGAUUGUAGAGGCAUCUCUUUUGAUAUUUUAAGCUCAGUUAUCAGAAAUAACCCUAGCAUCAGCAAUGCCUCCAGUAGAGAUUCUUUCAUUGGCCUUUGGGAUGAUUGCAUAAAUCGGGUUGUGUCUAAGUUUUGUUCUGCAGAAGUUGUUUUUAUAAGAAAAUCUUCUUCCUCAUCACUGGUGGAUACAUUACAAGAUCAGUGGCCAAACUUGACUGGAUUUGUUAGAAAUUUAUGUUUAUGGAGAGGAGAGGAAACUGACCAAUUGAGAGAAGGUCAAGUUGAUCCUUCUUCUUCUAUUGUGGAGAAGCUUCUAUGGACUUAUAUGGAUAUCCCGUACAUUUUGGGAUAUUUUGCAGUUGGCUUCUUGGUAACGUUUUGCGCUUUGUCCCGAUCACAAGAUCGCAUAAUCCGUACUGAUCUUUUUACAUUAGACCUGUCUUCCCCAGCUGAAAGACUCAAAGCCCUAGUCCCAUGUUACAGAAUAGCUGGGUUACUGCCAUUACUAGCUGAACGUUGCUUCAACUGUAUUAACAAUGGCGUUUUUAAGCAGUUAACUUUCAGCGAUUUCGAAAGAGUGGAUUUGGGUAAUGGAAAUGUUAUUGAGAUGACACCAAGCACUGUCACGAGAUUCUUCACCAACAGAAGAAAAUUUGCAGCAGUCAAAGAAAUAUACGAUUGUCUAGACCAGAGAAUCCCACAUGCAGAAUUCAUAUUCCGAUCACUGGAGAAAGAUUUGGCAUUGGUGUUUAAGCCUCGAGGGGUAAAAUUUAAGCCAACAAAUUGCGACCAACUCGUGGAGGCAUUAAAAUACGUGACCAAAGCUUUGGUAGCAUUGCACGACUUAUCUUUCAUGCAUAGAGACCUGAGUUGGGAUAAGGUAAUGAGAAGGAGCGACAGGGAUAAUGAGUGGUUUGUAUGUGGGUUUGAGGAGGCAGUGGGUGCACCACAAAUAUAUCCACAUGAAAUAGGGGAAGCACGUGGCAGGCACGCUCCGGAGAUGGGAAGGGGAUUGCAUGGGGUGAAAGUAGACGUGUGGGGUGUCGGUCAUUUGGUGAAGACGUGUGUAUUGGGUCCAAAUGGUGUGCCUAAGAUGCUUAGAGAGUUGCAGAAUAGGUGCUUAGAUCAGAACCCAGAACUGAGACCCACCGCCGCCGACUGCUACCACCACCUGUUGCAGCUGCAGUCGUCUCUGCAAUCAUCUUCCUCUGGGGGACCCUAUUGAAUUGACUGAUGGGUAUUAAAUUAAUAACUAUAUAUACUAGCUUUGGUUGCUUUGGGGUUCUUUUAUUAUUUUUGAGCAGUUUUUGAUACCUUAAAAAUUGAAUGAGAGGUUGAAAAGUUUCGUUUCAAGAAAAAAAUUGGCGGCUGCAACCGAAGGGUGGCUUCUGCCUUCUGGGUUGCAACAGUUAGUCGCUUUCUAUCCCAUCAAAUCUGAAAGUUUUACUUUAAUUUUAAAUUUUGUUGCAUCAAAAUGUAAACUGACGCAGAAACAGUGUUUUUCAGUUUUCCUGAUCAGUAAUUUUUCUCUGAUA